AUGGCUGGCGAAGAUCCAACGGAAAAGGCGAAACAGUCACUCAUGCAACGAGCCAAGGCAUGGGGAGAAAACCCAUUCCCUCCCACUCUCCUGGCGUCUCUCAUCACCGCGCAGCACAUGCGUCCCUUCCAGUUCAUGCCAAUGCUAUUUCCUCCGGUCCUUCUAUUCACAAGCUAUGCGAAUAUCCAGGGCUUCAAGACAGACAGCGCAGGGAUCAGCGCCGCAUGGUCAGGCCUCUAUCUUCUCCUUGCAGGUCGGCGACGGCAGCCAUUGAUGAAGAAAUGGGGCGCGCGGGGAAUUGUUCGCGGCACGACCAUGGGUCUUUGCCUGCUCAAUAUGGUGGGCGGUGGAUUGGCUUAUACCCUGGGGAAGAGAGAAGAUCAUGAUGAGUGA